CGAAAAACAGGUCAAUCUGCGCAGGAAAAGUUAUUCUAGGACUCACCUUAUCUGUUCUUAAUUAAAGGAAAAACUUCAUCUAGUACAGACCACGAUGCAAGGUGAUAAACCACUGUCCCCGCAACAACCGGAAUACAACGAGAGCGUAGCUUCGCCACUCACCAUCGCUCCGCAACCCGCCGUUACGCCAGGAUUUCAUCCAAGUGUCUUCACUCCGGCGCCGGAGGCACUCUCCCCCGGUGAUAAACCACAGUGCCCGCAACAACUGGAAUGCAAAGAAGGCUUCGCUUCGCAACCCCUCGUUGCUCCGGGAUUUCAUCCAAGUGUCUUCGCACCGCCACCAGAAGCAGCUGAAGGUGUCCCUUACGAUGCCGAAUCGGCAACUGUUAAAGGCUUCGACUUUAGUGAUCAAUCCAUAAGACGAGGUUUUAUCAAGAAAGUGUACUCCAUUUUGACCGUACAACUGGCGAUAACGUUUUCUUUUGUUGCCGCCGUCAUGUUUCAUGAGCCAACGAGGCGUCUGGUGCAUAGAGAUACACCUCUGUUCUGGGUUGCAUUCAUCGGCAUGUUCGUAUCGAUCAUCUGCAUCUCCUGCUGCGGGGAGAUGCGGCGUAAAGCACCAAUGAACCUGAUACUGUUGGGCAUCUUUACUUUAGCCGAAUCGUUCCUGGUUGCCGUAGUCACUGCACAAUACGAAGCAACAGAAGUGAUGCUCGCGCUUGGCAUAACGGCUGCAAUUUGUCUAGGAUUGACGCUAUUCGCUUUUCAGACAAAGUAUGACUUCACGAUGAUGGGUGGUUUUCUGUUCUGUGUCGUACUGGUGUUUUUCUUGUUCGGACUGAUUGCUAUAUUUGUCAAAGUGAAAAUAAUUUCGCUUAUUUACUCCGCACUUGGAGCAUUGGUAUUCUCAAUGUUCUUAGUCUACGAUACGCAGGUCAUGCUUGGUGGAGAACAUAAGUUUUCAAUCAGCCCAGAAGAGUACGUGUUUGCCGCGCUAAGCGUGUAUCUUGAUAUUAUCAACAUUUUUUUACAUAUUCUUCGCUUUAUUGCUGCUUCGAGACGUGCAUAACCUACUAAUGGUAUGUCCGUUUUGAACCACUCAAUAUUCCAACAAAAUGUGUCUUAUGUAGGAUUGUCAUCGAUUUAAUGUCCGAUCUAGAUCGAAAGGUGAAAUUGAUCGAGAUCCAUCAGAAAGCUUGAACGCGAGAAACAAAACGAUAUUAAUGUGUCCACGACAACAUUUCGAUAUCAUCAAGUGCGAACACAUCGGAUCGGAUGCGUUUCCUUCGACUGUUUUGAACUGUAUUCAGUGAAAACUCUGUUACUACCUCAUUCAGCAUUUAUUAUGUUUUCUGGUCAAACUUUUGAACUUAUGAAUCUUUAACUAAUCUUAACAGUCUUAACUAGUUUAGUUUCCAAACAUGUACUUAUACACUGACAUCAAUAAUUUAAUCCUUCGUUUGGCGACUCCUGUUCUUACCUUUAUUUCUUAAGCCACUUCCUCAUAGUGUUUAAUAAACCUAAAUUUCAAUUAGUUAUUCAGGGAGUUAUCCACGGAGGGCUGACUGCUCACGUGCAUAAAGCGACAACGUCUAGUACGAGUAUGACGGGCGGCCAUGAACUAUAAACGGUCGUUACGCCAACGAGAAGAUGUAUUCAGAAUGUUUGCUGAAUCGCGC